CAAGUUAGAGAAAACCCCAAAAUUCUUACAAUUCUUCCCCAAAAUCGAAAGCUCACUCGAUACGGCGGAGAGACAGAGAGACGGCGGAGAGUGAGAGAGAAGCCAUAGCCAUGUCAGAUCGCUCUCCCUCCCCACCACAGCAAAACCCCCUUCAAUCCGACGCCCUAUCCGGAGAAGGCUCCCCGCCUCCCAACGAAGAAACCCCAAUUCAACCCGACCCGGAAUCCGCCAAUCGGGCUGUUUCCGUCCCCGAUCCGACCGAGGAUCACAGCGCCGGAGAAGAGGAAGAAGACGACGAAGAGGGAGAAGAAGCCGAUUCAUCAAUGGAUCUCCGCAUUGAGCCCCCAAUCACUGACCUCCACGUUUCCGCCGCCCUCGCCUCCACCGCCGCCCGGCGGGGAAGCUUCAAGCGGAAGAAGGGUAAGGCCAAAGGUAAGGGAAAACCCCACGCUAGGAGAUUGCAAGUGAUUAAUGAGAAAUUGCAGAAUUUGAGGUCGAAUUUGAAUCCCGUCCCCUUUAUCCCUAGCAAAAUUAUCGAUUUCGGCGUUCACGAUAGGGUUUUGAAGAAGCUAGGGCUUUGGGAUUUCGCCCAAAUUGAAUUCGAUAGGACUGUUAGGGUUGACUUAAUUGCGGAGCUGAUCGCGAAUUACAACCCUAAAUCGCGGAGUAGCUGCGUUAAUGGGUGGAGUGUGAAGGUGAAUCGGGCGGAUUUGGCGCGGGCGCUGCAGCUGAAGAGGGAUAAGGGGAAUGCGGGAGGGGCGGAGGUGGAUUUGGAUGGGGAGGAUUGGGGUGCUGAUGCGGUGGGGUUUGUUGUGGGGUUUGUGGAGAAUUGGUUGCUUUUGCACGAGGAUAUGUGGAUGAUGCCGAACGAGGUGAUGAAUUGGAUGAAAUCGAUUAGGGAUGGGCAUCCGGAGAAGGUGGAUUGGGCGGGGAUGCUUUGGUUUAUGGUGGAGAAGGAGCUGAGGCAGGGGGGUGGGUUGAGGGAUUGUUUCUACGCGUCGCAUCUGCAGUACUUGAUUAGGCAUCAGCGCUCGGAGGUUUUCUUGAUGGAGGAUCCCGGGAAUGGUGAGGGGGAGUCGGUUGCGGAGGUUAUGGUUGUGGAGGAUGGGGAUGAUGAGGUGGCUGUGAAGGAGAGUGAUUUGGCUGAGAGCGUCGGAGAUGGGAGGGAUGAUUCGGUUGUGGAAGGGCCGAGCACUAAGCUGACCCUUGGACAGGAUAGUGAGAAGGAGGAGGAGGAAGAAGUGAAGGAAGUCCAAUUGAUGGAUACUGAGACCUGCAAACAGAGUGAUCCGGAAGGGGGAGGGGUUGAGCACGAGCAUGAACAUGAACACGAACAUGAACACGAGCAUGAGCAUGAACAUGAGCAUGAACAUGAGCAUGAACACGAACAUGAGCACGAGCACGAGCAUGAACAAGAGAAAGAGCAGGGGCAGUGGCUGUUGGAUGGGAAGAACGAUCGGGGGGAGUUUUUCUUGCAGCGUUGUACUGCAGAAAACGAAAGCACUGAGGAAUUUGGUGUCUUUGGGGAUAGGAAAGACGAGGAAGAAGAAGAGAUGGAUGGGGAGGAAGAUGGGGAAGAAGAAGAAGAAGACAUGGAUGGCGACGAAGAAGGGGAUGAUUUUCAUCAUGUUUUCAACAGUGAUUCUCUGGAUGGGGACGGGUUUACUGGGAAUUUCAUUCAAGGAAUCGAGUCGAACCAAAUUGGCUUCACUUCGCUGGAACAACACCUUCCUAAUGCAUCCACAGUGGAUGUUAGGGCUGAUGUGCAGCAGCAUAUAGCUUCCACGCCGUCGUUCUUCAACAACUCGGGAAAGAGGGUGAUCGAGCACGACUACCACCAAGGUGUCAACGACAUUAGCAAGAGACUGAGGAUCAACGAGCCAGCAGAUUUCGGAAUGUGCAUGGAGCAAAUUCAGCAAAUGGCCCAGAGGGCUCGGAUGCUGUACGAGGAACGGGAACAGGCUGCAGAGCAGUCGGGGAUGAACCAACAGAUCUUGAUGAACGAGUUGCAGAAACGGGAUGCUAUGAUUGAACAUCUUCACAAGGUCAGAGUGGACGAGAUGCAGAAGAAGGAUUUUGAAAUUAACCGCCUCGAACGAGAGCUGUACCUAAUGGGGAGCGUGCUGAGCGGUUACAGGAAGGCGUUGAAGGAAGUCAAGAAGUCGUUUGCAGAAUACAAGGAACGGGCGCAGCUUCCUGAGGAGUCGACUUACAAGGACGCUGGGCACGGGGGUCUGAUGCUGACUGCCGCGGAGAUGGAGAGGCAACGCAAGAAAAGGGAGGAGGAAUUCAGGAUGAACUGCUUGAUCGUUGAACAGAAGGCGAGGGAAGUCGAAGAGGAAUACAGCGCCCGGUUUGAUGGAUUUGUCGACAAGAUCAAUCUUUUCUAUCAGAGGUUGAUUGGUCUCGAGGAAGAUGCUAAAGAGCUCGUUGCUUCGUAUUCUUCAAAGAAAAGAAUCCCAGAAGCGGAGGAGGGAGAGCACGAAGUAGCUGAAACUCAACCCCCCGCGGAGGAACCUAAGGAAGCUGUUGCAGUGGCGGAACCUGAGGAAGCCGUUGCAGUGGCGGAACCUGAGGAAGCCGUUGCUGUGGCGGAACCUGAGGAAGCCGUUGCAGUGGCGGAACCUGAGGAAGCCGUUGCUGUGGCGGAACCUGAGGAAGCUGUUGCAGUGGCGGAACCUGAGGAAGCCGUUGCAGUGGCGGAACCUGAGGAAGCUGCAGUGGCGGAAGAAGUUCCCGGGCCUCCACCAGAGACGGAGGCGGACGAAGUAAUGGCUGAAGCUGCAGAAGAUAUAGCAAUUCCACAAAGUGAAGAAGAAAAAGAUGAAAAAUUGGUUGAAGCUGCAGAAGAAACUCUACCAAUUGAGUGAUUGUUAUUCCUCACUUUUGAUCUAGGAGAUGUUUAGGACUACUUGCUGGUUUAACCUUUUAAUGUGAACAUUUCUUCUAGGAUGUGUUAUGGUUUGGAAUUUAAUCGAAAGUUAUGAUCAAUUUUA